UUUGUUGUUGCUCAUGGUCCAUCCAAUACAAGUCACAAACUUGUCAUUUCAGAUUAUUUUUUUGUGCGAACUAGGUUUAAUUUGGUCAAAGACAAAAUGAUUGUACGCAUAAUGAAUUUUAUAUUUUCGUUCCUGCUUUGUAUGCACUUUAUACCUGGUGCUUUAAAAUCUUUUCUUGGCGUAAAAAGCAAAAUGCCGACAAGCAGGAAGGAGCGUGCACGUACUGAUAAAUGCUUGUCAACUCUGAAGAGGAAACACUUACGUAGUAGCCUACGUUUAUGGGAAGUCGCUCCAAAAAAUAACAUUAUACGCACUUCCAAAUCACCAAGCAUUAUCCCUGCUGGUUGUUUAGUAUCUGGCAGCUGUACAUGUUUAGUAACCAUAGCAGCAGUAAGCCUAACAUCAUGUACAUUUAACGCAUUGGAUUCCAACUCUUGGUACUGUUUGCUUCUGUUGGCCUCAUAUAGCGUAUGGGACAAGUCAGACAGUAUUAGGAGUAGUGUUCAAACAUUACUCAGUACAUUACAGAUUACUACACUACAAUAUGUACCUUUUCGUUAUUUGUCUCGUCUUUGGGGCAAACUGUGUUGUAUACACGUGCCUUACACAUUACGACCUUAUAUUUACGGCAUGUACAUUACUAUGUUCGGAGUUAACCUACAGGAGGCUGACCCACCGAACGUGCAUUUCUACAGCACACUAGGCGAGUUCUUUCGGCGUAAAAUAAACUUGAAACUGCGGCCAAUUUCUAAUGUGCAGGUGGUAAGUCCAGUGGACGGAACAGUGCUCCAUAAUGGAAAUAUAGCAAACGGUCUUGUGGAACAAUUAAAAGGAGUCUCAUUUUCUGUCCAACAGUUUUUGGGUCCAUUGCUAAAUGAUGAUAAUAAUAUUCCACUGGUCGAAUAUUCUAAACGCCUAAUGAUGGAUCCAUUAAAAAAUAAACUCUACAACUGCGUUAUAUACCUCGCACCUGGUGACUAUCACAGGUUUCAUUCUCCAGUGGAGUGGACGGUGCUACGAAGGCGACAUUUUGUCGGGGAUUUAAAAAGUGUUAACCCCCGCAUGGUGUCGUGGUUUCCUGAUCUCUUCGUAACCAAUGAACGGGUGGCUUUAUGUGGGAAGUGGAAAUAUGGUUUCUUUUCAAUGACCGCCAUCGGUGCAACUAACGUUGGUUCUAUAGUUGUUUACCAUGAUAAGGAACUUGUUACGAAUCAACCACAAGCCAAACCAGGAAGUUACUUUGACCAUCAAUAUAAGGAUGGAUUGAAAUUUUUCAAGGGAGAUCCUCUUGGUGAAUUUAAACUUGGAUCAACCGUUGUUUUGCUGUAUGAGGCGCCAAGAGAAGAAAACGUUUUUUCUCUUACAAAUGGAAAAAUAAAAAUAGGACAACAACUUAGUUUGUCUUUUUCAAGCUAGACCUAUUUAGCUGAAUGUUACUCAGACUGACACAAUUUUAUACUCGUCUUCGAUUUUUCUGUUGUCUUCUUAAAAAAACCGUUUAGAAUUACUUUUUGCAAUGCAAAUAUUUAACACAUUUUAGAAAACACAAUUAACGUCAAACGUCACUAAACUUGACCUUUUUUAAGUUCACAACAUGCGCAAUAAAUAAUAUACUAAGUUCCAAAAUGAAACGUCAUACACACAGUUUGCUUUUUUUGUUUUUCUUUUUUUUAUAUAUCAUGGCGUGUAAAUGUCUUAAAGACUUUAAUUUCACCCGUUGUGCGGAGAUGAUACGACCUAAUAAAGAUAUCUCUGGUCGGCCAUGCGGAGACCAUUAGGCACGUAAACAUUCGUGUACAAUACUGCUGUGUUUUGUUCUCUAAGUUAUUUUAUAUUUACACUGUUAAUCCAACGCUAAUAUGUUGUUUACUUAUCUACACAAGCCGCUAUUUCGGGCGUUUAAUAAACCAGCACAAUAUAUAA